AUGCCACACGGAGUCGAACUCCUCACCCUAUUGGUGGAAGAUUCUCACCGUCGGUUGGUAAACCGACCGAGUGAACCCAGUGAACAAGGAGGAGGUGGACCCCGAGACGACACGCGCAGUCGAGCAUCAUCACACGGGACCAGCAUGCUGGACAACCAGUUUGGCGCCAGUUAUGAUGAUGUGGAACUCGGUCUCCACACUGAGAAGAUGCUAGGCAAGGAGGUGCCCCUGCCCAAGCUGUCUGAUAAUAAAAAGGACUAUGACAAGUGGAAGAGUGAGGUAACAUUGCGGUUCCCCACUUACAAGCUGAACGCGAUCACGUAUGGUGAGGAGCGCUACAACUCUGUAGCAGGACUCAACAGCCAGAAGUAUCAUACUUGGUAUGACACGCGUCGAUCCAUGGCAUUCACGACCAUGGCGCUGUCAUUGGACAUGAACCUGCGAGAAAUGUUCAAGGUGGACGAGCUCAGGGACCAGAUGGAAGCUCCAUCAUUGCUCUGGAACCGCAUUACGGCGCACUUCACCAGAGGCGACCUGAUUACAUCCUGUGAGAUCGAGGAAUUGGUGCGACAGCUGCGACAAGCCAAUGGUCAGCUGGAGGAGUGGGAGCAUGCAAGCUUACUGAUCUCCAACUCGCAGCGUGUGUUUCGUGAGCUGGCGGAACAGCACACGGUCUGCUGA